AUGCUUAGCUUCAAUGAAAGAUUAAUGGAUGAGCAGGAUGCUUUAAUCACUGACCAAGCAGCAUUGGAGGAAGACUAUUUUUCAACUGUUGAACACAUGAGAAUGUUGACAAACAAUAUUGCAGGUGUUGCUUCAAAACUUAAACGUGAAAGGGAUGUCCUCGAGAAGGAUAUGAAAGUGUUACAAGAGCAAUUUAAUGAACAGUCUGAAAAGCUCAAUAUGAUUCAAGAGAAACUGGCAUCCUAUAAACCUAGGAAUGUUAACAAGAGGCAGAAAAGGGCAGAGUCAAAUAUAACCAAUUUGAAAACCAAAAUUUUCGAAAUCAAAAAGGAAAAGAACACUUUGCCUGGUCAGCUGAUUGACCAGGCCAAAGAACUUAAUGAAAGCAACCAGAAAUUUGAGCAAGCAGAAAAUGAAGUUGUCGUUCAGCUGAAGCAUCAAAAAACAGGAUUACAAAAGAAGUUGUGGCUUGUUCAGAAUUCUAAGGGUAGGCAAGCUAAAGAACUUGACUUAUUAAAGGAACACAAUGCUGCCAUGAUCUUAAAGCUAGAAUCAAGUGCUGAGGGGCUUAAAGAGAAAAAUAAAGAAUUGGAACAGCUAACUUGUUUGCUUGAGGACAAAACCAUUGCCACAUUUGAAAAUGGCAAAUAUGUAGAUGAGGUGCGGGAAGUUAUCAUGGACUUUCUUGCUAUGAAUGUCUCUAUGAGCAAAGUCAAUGAAGUGAUACGUACAGUUUUACAGAAAUUAGCUGGAAAGAGCACAUCAAGGCUUCCCAGCAAGGCAGUCCACUCACGUCUUCUUGUUGAGGCUAAACACCUUGCAGAUGUCCAGCUUGGAAGAGCAACGUUAGAAGAGGCUGACCCAUCUCAGGUAAUUGGAAAUACCCUUCAUGGAGAUGGUACAACCAAAUAUCAUCGACAUUACCAAGAUUUUGAAGUUUAAAACCACUCCACCUUGCCAAACAUAUUCAAUGGGCCUUCUUGAGUUGGGGAGGUCAGACACAGAGGCAAUCAUGGAUGCCUUUAAGCAUCGAGUGAGUAGAAGAAAUUGCGCAGGUAUUAAGUAGUGGUGAUGAGAAGGCAUCAGUGGAAAAUAAAGUUGCUGAAUCAGUGACAUCAAUUAAGAGCACCAUGUCUGAUCAAGGGCCAACAAAUGCCGCUUUCAAUGAACAAUUGACUGACUUGCGAAAGGAGUUUCUUCCAAAGGUGGUGGAGAAAUGGCAAGACCUGACAGAAAAUUUUAAAAAAUCUCUAGCGGGGAACUUUUAUUGCAAACUUCACUUGCUUCUUAAUCUAGGCAAAGAAGCAAACAAAACUUUAAAGUUGUUUGAACAUGCCGCAACAGAAGGCAGAAAUCCCUUGGCAUUUCUUUCAUCAUAUGAAUCUGGCUCCUUUAGGCUAACAAGAACAGCUUGUGAAGCAUUUUAUACCAGAGGAUGUCAGACUGCUGGAGUUUCAGAGUACUUUGAUGUACAUCUCUCUGAGAAUGGCUUGGAAAGCAAACUUGUUGAGUUUAUUGGAAAUCACUUCAACAGUACUUUCUUACAACUCCGCUGCUGUUUUUUGCCAUAGAAGCCACAUUCACGAUUUUCUUUUGAAAUGGCCAACACCAAAUCGCCUUCUUCAGGUUGUGUCUAAGGACAUUGUGGAGCCUGUAUACCUCACAGGAAUUAGAGCCCUUGGUAUUCUUGAUAAAAUUGUCACUGGUCCCUUCUUUCGAUUGACAGAGAAUGCAAAAUCUGUCCUUGACCUUAAUCCACAUUUGCAGCAAAUGCAAAAGUGCUUUGAACAGUGGAGCCAGGAUGCAUCUCCACUUCUGGAAGGAGAAACACUAUUCAACGAAGAAGUUGUGCCCAUCCACCGCAAUGAAAUGUACGAAAGUCUCUUCAAAGAACAAAGUGAACAACUGGAGACAUUCACACAAAAGGCCCUUGAAAUCAUUUUUAAUUCCUGGAUUAUCUUGUUUGAAAGGAAGGCUCAAGAUCAGCUUCCUGGGGGAAAGUAUGCUACUCCUUCCCCUGAACUAUUAGCCCAGGCAGCUAAUGUUCCUGCAACCAACAUGGCAUCUGAGAGAGAUUUUGGAGUGUUUGACUUGCUGUUGCAUUUGAAGCCUGCAGCAAGGCUGAUUUCCCAUGAAGCUCUUGUAUUGUGGACAAACAAUAAGACUACAUCGAGGCUCAAUUCUUUGUCCCCUGAAGAUAAACAAAUGUGCAUGGCUGAAGCAAGAGCAAAUACCAGUAAAAUCAUAGCGCGAUACAAGGAAAGAAAAGAGAAAAUUUUUCAGCAACGAAAAGAAAAGCUGGUAGAAAAACAGAGGGCAAAGGAGGAAGCUGAAAGGAAGCAGAGACAGCAAAGGCUUAACUUAGUUAGCAGCAUCACUGAGUUAGGGGGUCCUUGGAAAUCAGAAAAGCACAUCUGGAAAGCGCAUCAUAUUUUCUGUCGCGCAGAUUACCAAAUACUCGACGGAAGUCUUGGAACUUAA